AUGGCACCCAAAAAGAAAAUCCCCAAGAAGCCCAAGGUGGAUAAAGAGGAUGCAUCCAUCACCCCAGUGGUGGUGGAAGAUGCUUUGCUGGAUGUCGAACACCUCAAUCACCUGAAUAGUUUGUACGACAGCGGUUCCAACGGCUUCCACUGCACGGCCACGGACGUUGAAGCACCGGACCAUGGAGCCAGCCUUCUGGAGGGGAUGAACCAGAUGCGCCAGAAGCGGUUCCUCUGCGAUCUCACCGUUGCCACCAAAACAAAGUCCUUCGAGGUGCAUAAACUCAUCCUGGCUUCCUGCAGCGAGUACUUCCACCGCCUGCUGCAGAGAGACCCUCAGCUGCACCGUGUGGAGCUCCACGACGUGUCCCCACUGGGUCUAUCCGCCAUCAUCACCUACAGCUACACGGGGAAGCUGAGCCUCUCACUGUACACCAUUGGCAGCACCAUUGCUGCCGCCACCCAGCUGCAGGUGCCAGCACUGCUGAACAUGUGCAGUGACUUCCUCGUUCAGGAGAUAGCCGUAGAGAACUGCAUGUACAUCACCAACAUCUCAGCCACCUACGGCCUCAACCAGGUGAAAGACACUACCCGGAAAUUCAUCCGGGAAAACUUCCUGGAGUUCUCCAAGACUGACCAGUUCAUGAAACUCCCCUUUGGUCAGGUCAAUGAGCUGCUGAUGGAUGAUGGCCUGCAGAUACCCAGUGAGGUUGCAGCCUUCCAGAUUGCUGUCAAGUGGCUGGAGUUUGACCCAAAACGGGUCCGAUAUGCUGCUGACCUCCUGGGCAACAUUCGAUUCGGCACAAUCUCAGCUCCAGACUUGGUCAACCUUGUGCAACCUGUGCCACACAUGAUGCAAGAUCCACAGUGCCACAAACUCCUCGUGGACGCGAUGAAUUACCACCUGCUCCCCCACCAGCAAAACAGCCUUCAGUCUCGGAGAACCAGGAUACGUGGAGGCCAGAGGGUGCUUGUCACAAUUGGGGGUCGUCCAGCUUUGACCGAGAAGGCUCUUAGCAGGGAAAUCAGCUACAGGGACACAGAAGGAAACUGGAACAAGCUGACAGAGAUGCCAGCAAAAAGUUUUAACCAGUGCGUGGUGGUGAUGGAUGGAUUCAUCUACAUUGCGGGUGGUGAAGACCAAAACGAUGCCAGGAACCAGGCCAAGCAUGCUGUCAGCAGCCUGAGCAGGUAUGACCCGCGCUUCAACACCUGGCUGCACCUGGCCAGCAUGCAGCACAGGAGGACACACUUCAGCCUGAGCGCCUGCAACGGGCUCAUCUACGCUGUCGGAGGGCGCAAUGCUGAGGGCGUGUUGGCAUCUGUUGAGUGCUACGUCCCCACCACCAACAGCUGGCAGAGCAAGGCAAGCCUGGAGACACCUCGCUGCUGUCACGCCACCACCGUCAUUGAUGGCAAACUCCUGGUCACCGGUGGCUACAUAAGCCAUGCCUAUUCACGCACUGUGUACUGCUAUGAGCCCAGCACCGAUGCCUGGAGGGAGCAGGCAAGGCUCAGCACCCCCCGGGGCUGGCACUGUGCGGCCACCGUGGCCGACCGAGCGUAUGUGCUGGGUGGGAGCCAGCUGGGUCCCCAGGGCGAGCGGGUGGACGUGAUACCUGUGGAGUGCUACAGCCCAGUCACGGGGCAGUGGAGUUACAUGGCACCCCUGCCCACAGGGGUCAGCACAGCUGGGGUGGCUCUGCUGGAGGGGCGCUUGUGCCUGGUGGGUGGCUGGAACGAGAGCGGGAAGAGUUAUCAGAAAUGCGUGCAGUGCUACAAUCCUGACCUCAACGAGUGGGCCAAGGACGAGGACCUCCCUGAGGCCACCGUGGGCGUCUCAUGCUGCACCAUCAUCCUCCCACGCUCCCCAAGCUCCACGUCCCGGGCCAGCUCUGUGGCCUCGGCAGCUGCCAGCACGUAA